UUUUGUCCGCCAAUUCUUGUCUACGUUCUAAUUGAAAACCCAAUUUUCGGCCACCACCGCAUCCUGGGGCAGAGAACUGAUACUCCUACUCCGAAACCGCCCGCCGCCGUCAUGCAUCCAGAACACACGUCUCUUUAAGAUAUUCACUAAAUGCUUCACCCUUUCCUCAAAGAACCCCUGCAACCACCUCCACCCCCAAGACAUCCCAUCUUCACCCACUUCCUCCAAAACUCACUCAACCAACAAAGCUUCGAGCACAACUACCGAACCAUAUGCAACCAUUUGCUUGACUUCACUAGGGCAAAAUCCCUUUUAAAAGGUCAAUCUAUUCAUGCCCAUGUCAUUAAAUCUGGACUUCAGAUCAUCCCACUGAUAUCCCACCAUUUGAUCAACUUUUACGCGAAAUUACAGUUCCCGCACCACUCGGAAAAAUUGUUUGAUGAGACUCCCUUCAAGUCUGCUACGACUUGGAGUUCUUUAAUCUCUUGUUUUUCGCAAAAUGAGCUCCCUUUGCGAGCUUUUCAAUAUCUUUGCUUAAUGCUUCGUAUUGGUGGAUUGUAUCCUGAUGACCACAUUUUCCCCAGUGUGACUAAAUCGUGCGCGAUGAUGAAUGAUUAUCGUGCAGGGCAGUCGGUUCAUUGUCUUACGGUGAAAGUUGGGUAUGACUUUAAUGUGUUUGUUGGGAGUUCUGUAGUGGAUAUGUAUGCAAAAUGUGGUAGUUUAGUGGAUUCUAGGAAGAUGUUUGAUGAAAUUCCGGAGAAAAAUGUGGUGUCUUGGAGUGGGAUGAUAUAUGGGUAUGCGCAAAUGGGUGAAGACGAGGAGGCUUUGAGGCUUUUUAAGGACGCUUUGAUUGAGGAUUUGGGUGUGAACGAUUUUACUUUUUCGAGUGUGAUUCGAGUUUGUGGGAAUUCGACCUUGCUUGAACUAGGGAAGCAGAUGCAUGGUUUGUGCUUGAAAAUGAGCUAUGACUUGUCAGGUUUUGUGGGAAGUUCUUUAAUUUCCAUGUACUCAAAGUGUGGUGUCAUUGAGGGAGCAUAUCUUGUUUUUGAUGAGGUUUCGAAUAAGAAUUUAGGAAUGUGGAAUGCAAUGUUGAUCGCAUGUGCUCAACAUUCACAUACAAAGAACGUGUUUGCGUUGUUUGGGAAAAUGGAAAGAGUAGGAACGAAGCCGAAUUUCAUUACAUUUUUGUGUCUGCUCUAUGCUUGUAGCCACGCAGGGCUGGUUGAGGAGGGGAAGUAUUACUUCAAGUUGAUGAAGGAUCAAGGUAUAGAGCCAGGGGAUCAGCAUUAUGCUUCAAUGGUUGACUUGCUUGGCCGAGCUGGAAAAUUGCACGAAGCUGUUAAAAUUACUAAAGAAAUGCCAAUGCAACCAACAGAAUCUGUGUGGGGAGCUUUACUUACUGGGUGCCGAAUUCAUGGAAACACUGAGUUGGCAGGUUACGUAGCUGAUAGAGUCUUUGAGUUAGGCCCUAUUAGCCCUGGCCUACACGUGCUAUUAUCCAAUGCUUAUUCAGCUGCUGGUAGAUAUAAAGAGGCUGCAACGGCAAGGAAAAUGCUGAGGGACUGUGGAAUGAAAAAGGAAACUGGUUUGAGCUGGGUAGAGGAAGGUAAUAGGAUUUACACAUUUGUUGCAGGGGAUAGGGCCAAUGCGAAAUCUGAAGAGAUUUAUAGGAAACUGGAGGAACUGGGGGAGGAUAUGAUGCGAGUUGGUUAUGUUGCAGACACGAGUUACGUGCUGCAAGAAGUUGGCGCUGAUGAGAAGAUCCAGAGUAUUCGAUAUCAUAGUGAGAGAUUAGCCAUUGCAUUUGCACUUAUUACCUUUCCACCGGAACGUCCAAUUAGAGUUAUGAAGAACUUGCGCAUCUGUGGUGAUUGCCACACUGCAAUAAAGUUUAUGUCCAAGUGCACUGGACGGAUAAUUAUAGUCAGAGAUAACAAUCGAUUUCAUCGGUUUGAGGACGGGAAGUGCUCCUGUGGUGAUUAUUGGUGAUUGAAUUGCAAGUACCUUUAACCUUUGUCCAAUUUCCCAACUGAAGCCAUUUAUGCUAUUUAGCCAGUUCCGCAAAGUCUGACUGGUUAGUAUAAUCUAUACAUCCAUUGAAAUUCAGAUUGCCAAUCUUCAAAGUAUGGCUCCGCAGGGGCCGACAUGCACACUCCUAUCCUAUCAAGCCCGAGUUACCGACUUCACUCUGGACUCUAGCAACGUAUAGACCUCUCUUCCACUGGUACAAAAAUAGUAUGGUACAUAGGAGCUUUCUCUUCCUCGAAGUGGUGGGUAGCACAAAAAAUCUUUUGACACUAGAUAAGGCUGUUCAAAUGAAAGAAACAAUCUCAUACAAGGAUCAAGGCUUAAAAACAUGCCCUGAUGCCCAUCUUUUAAGAAUUUGUCAUGUGAGUCUCAUAUGUCACCAUCUUGACCAGCUCCUGUCGUUGAUGGUGAAAAAUGAUAGAGUCUCCAAGGGUACAAACUCAAUUGUACAGAAUGGAAAUGAAGCUUUUAUUACCAGUAUUUAAGCAGUGGAAGCCCUUCCAGUUGCAUUUGCCAAAGACAUAACUAAAGGACCUGCCCAGCUGCCAGUGUCGCAUGCCGGUCAAUUGAGCAAUCUGAUAAGACAGAUAGAACACCCCAUGUUUAACCAAUUCUGAAAUUUCCGCCUCGGACAAGGAUUUGAACUUCUUAUCAUGGCUGUUUCCUAUAAUGCCAACAAUUGUAUGGUUAUUGAACUUCAAAUGGAAAACUAUUCUCUCAACUAAAUUUUGCUAUUUGUUUAAAAUUCGCUUCUGAAGAACAUGAAAUGAUUAUCGUAUAUUUCAAAUGUAUUGGUCUCACAACCAUGCUACAUGGCCGGAGUUAGUGACAAAUUUCAUUUCCAUACAACACUUGACAAAUUCUCAUUGGAAAUUGGGGAAAAAACAACAUAAAAAUACUCAAUCAUUGGUUGCACAUCAGUCUGUUUUUUCCCUUUUUAUUUUCCCUGUUUGUUCAGCCUUAUUCAUUGGUCUCAUGCUUUCAAACAGAAGCAC